AUUUCAUUCAAGCAUUGCAACCUGUGGAAGAUGGUCAUUCAUGGUGUUUAUUGCCAGAUUGACAUCAGCUGAAAAAGGAUAUAAAAUAACGUGGAAACUAAAGGAAGUCAUCCAUAGCUCCAGACCUGACAUAACACCCUGCAAUGGACCAGAACAACGUCCAACAGACAGAUGAAAGCAUCCACCAUCACGAUGAGCAUGGCAAGACAAAAGACGACCAAAGCAACGUCCACAUCAAGAUGAAUACGCUGUCGCCGCCAUCUACGAGCUCCAAGUCACAGAUGACCAGCGUCUCCUUGACAGAUAUCAAUAGUUAUAUGAACCGGCGUUUCUCCCAGACUCUGCCACAGAGCUUUGAUGCCAGUACCUACAGUAUUAACUUCCCUGAUGCCGUCAUUGAAAAUGGUGGGCCUCCAAGUAUAGACCAUACUAGUGACCGUGGUCCCACAGACUAUCAUCAUACCCCAUCCAUCCUGACUGAGCUGUCAGAGAAUGAUGAUCUACUAGAUGAUGGUGAUGAAGUCACACUCAUGUACUCCAAACAUGAGAAAAUUCCCAUGAAAGACUUCUCUGCUGAGAUUCGAGCAUCGAUGGAUGUUGAGAACUUCUUGAACCAAGCUAUCCUGAUGCUGGAUCAUUACGGCUGCAGUCUUCACGACAUCAUCGAAACUAUGCUGACCAGACUGCUGACCAAUGAAGAUGGCAGCCAUAAUGAGGGUCUGAUCGAGGAGGCCAAGGAACAUAUCUUCACUCAUGACAAAGUUGCGGUGAUCGCCAAGACCAUGCAGGGCACAAGCACAAGUUAUGGUGGCGGUUUUGACUACGAUCAGUCAUGGCUUGUUGUACUAUGCAGUCUUCCGUCUGUGACCAAGCGUCACGUGGCCAUCGCCCGGUUAAAGAUGCCCGCCAACUUCGGGCGGACAAGUCAGGAGAUUAAGUUUAUUGUUCUUGUGAUAGCUUCAACAAAAGAGAAAGGCACAAAGAAUGCGCUUGAGACUGGCCGGACGUUUGCGACCAUCUUUGCUGACAUGGACUUCAGGUUGAGACUGCUGGACGCUCACACCGAGGAGGAGUUUAAACGGCUUGUCUGGGAGCACACCAAGGAACUGGCAGAGGAACAGAGGCAGUUGGUCCGCAAGCGCUCCAUCGCAGGCAUCAGUCCAUUUGAGGAGGAGAAUGAUGGGUCCGAUAUGUGUUUCUUUGCCCGAGGUUUACGCUGUGAUAUUAUGAGAAGAUUGCCACAUUAUUUCUCCGACUUCAAAGACGGUAUCAUCGGCCAUCGGACGAUCUCCAAGCUGAUAUCAACGACCAUGUUUCUCUACUUUGCCUGCCUGUUGCCAUCUAUAGCUUUUGGCAUGCUCAACGACCACAACACGGGGGGCAAGAUUGGUGUCACCCAGGUGAUCUAUUCACAGACAAUCAGCGGCCUCCUGUUUGGUUUCUGUGGUGGUCAACCAUUGAUCAUUCUACUGACGACUGCUCCAUUGGCCCUCUAUACCAAAAUCAUCUUCGCGAUCAGCACAGAUUAUGGUAUCGACUUCCUGGCGAUGUUUACGUGUACAGGACUGUGGAACUGCUUCUUUCUCAUGAUCUAUGCAUUGUUUGAUGUCAGCAAGCUGAUGAAAUGGUCAACAAGGUCAACAGAAGAAAUAUUUGCGAUAUUCAUAUCAAUAGCCUUUUCUGUGGAUGCAAUAAGGGACAUCUAUGAAAAUUUUGCAAAGAACUAUGAUUCGCCAGUAUGUGAUGAGGUCAUACCCACAGUGCUGUCCAACAUGACUAAUGGAACCGACGACCUAACAACGGAGGGAGUGACUACAGUUAUGACUGUCCUGAACCAGACCCUUGAGACUGUCAACGCCACCCUGAAUGGCUCAUUAGUCACAGAUGGUGUCACACAGUGUCUGAGGGAAAACAGUCUGCUCUAUCUAUUGCUCACUUUAGGAACAUUAUGGAUUGGAAUUUCAUUGUAUAAUUUCACCAAGACUCCAUUUCUGAACGCGAGCAAGCGUGAACUGUUGGCUGAUUAUUCUCUUCCUGUUGCUGUGCUGCUCAUGUCCUUCAUAGCAUCAUUCGUAUUCCAAGACAUCAAAUUGACACCCUUCAAUAUAUCGACAGCAACGUUCACCUUUAAGUUGGCCGAUAUGAGUUCGUUGACGUGGGGCUCCGUGUUUGCCUGCAUGGGCCUCGGCUUCCCUCUCUCCCUUCUCUUCUUCAUGGAUCAGAAUAUCAGCAGCGCCAUGAUCAACAACCCAUCCAACAAAUUGAAGAAAGGCUCAGCAUAUCACUGGGACCUCUUCGUCGUUGCCAUCCUGAAUGCAUUCCUCUCCUUGUUUGGCUUACCAUGGGUCCAUGCUGCUCUUCCUCAUUCACCUCUCCAUGUCAGAGCACUUGCUGACCUUGAGGACCGAGUGGACCAAGGUCAUGUCUACCAGAUUGUUGUGCGAGUCCGUGAGACGAGAUUGACGGCCAUCUUCUCCCACAUUUUGAUUGGUCUGUCACUGUUGAUGAUCCCUUACCCUCUGGUCUACAUCCCUCGUGCGGUCCUCGACGGUCUCUUCCUCUAUGUAGCGUACACUGCUCUCUCCAAUAAUGAGCUCUUUGAGAGGAUCAUGUUGCUCGUCACAGAACAGAAUGCGUACCCUCCGAACCAUUACAUCCGCCGCGUGCCCCAGAGGAAGGUGCACAUGUUCACCCUUGCUCAGAUCCUUCAGCUUGGUCUCCUCUGUGCAUUUGGCUUUGCUCCCAUCGCCUACAUGAAGAUGGUGUUCCCUGUUCUCAUCAUGUUGCUCAUUCCAUGCAGGCACAAGUUGAUUCCUAGAGUGAUAGAGAAGAAAUUCCUUAAAGCCCUUGAUGGCAGCCACUGAGGAUCUGGUUGGAUUCAUUAUUGGAAAGCUCAUGUCGGGAUCGGAGACUAGAAGUGACGGCGUUAAAGAGAAAUGAAAGCAAGAUAUGAACAUGUGUUAUUGUGGAAGCAGCAGCAUAGUGAAUGGCUUUGGUGAACAAUGGUUGUGGCAGCUCCUCUGACCUCAUGAUGCUGUAGCUUGAUUGAGUCUCAAAUGCAGUGGAAAUGUGAGGUCCAUCAGCCUGUGGAGCUCAAGCUUGCCCAGCAAAUUCAUUGAAACUCUGAUCGAGAGACAAGUUGUGAGACCAUCUCAGGAGUUAGUCUGUCUGGCUCGUCAGAGUUGGUGCCGUUCUAUGAUUGUGAUAUAGGUCAUGCCAUCUGUGGUGGAAUUUGGAUCAGCACCGGUGAAGCACUUCAGAUGAAGUUUUAUAUUGACCAAUUGUUAUAAAUUGACUAUAGGAAGACAGGAUUGUGUAUAGGGAGUUUUAAUGCAUGUUUAAUAAAUGAGUGAACUAUUUAAGUGCAGGUUCCAAUGAGGACAAUGCCUAACAUCACAUUUGAUGGUAGUUGAUUAUUGAGUGUCGUUUGUUGAUGACGUCUUUUCUGCCACUGUGCUUGGCAAGCUAUCAGCAGGUGGAAUACUUGAGUGGUCAGGCUGCUAACGUAUUGUCAUGUACCACGCACAAUAACAGCCAUGAAAUUACCAAUAUGCAUUGACCAGUGUCAUUUAGGUUGCCACUUGUCAGGAAUAUACCAGAUGGUGGACUGGGGUUUCAGUUUGUUCUGAUGUUUCUAGUCUCCUGCUAUUGUAGUUUGUGGACAGAGCUCAGGGUAGAGCAUGGUAUGGGGAGGGGGGCAGUUCAGGUUUGGUGUGUUCUUUUUGAGUGGCCACCUAUCUGUUUUAGCAGUUGAACACUGUGGUUACAUUUUUAGGGAUUUAUUUAGUUUGCACACACAUCAGGGCAAGAUAGUGAAAGUGUGAUGUCUGCUCAACAUUGUGUCCACAAAUAUAACACGGCAUUGAUGAGGUGAAGUGUCUGAAACGGUGUAUUUAAUUGCUUUUAUUUGAUUGUUUGCUAGUAACAUUAUGUUCAUUUAGAUUAUGCAAGUCUUGGCAAGAGAAAACAGGGUCUUUGGUGUUUCAUAAAGUCGUGUCAGAACAGAUGUGUCAUGUGUCUUUUCUGGAAAUGUGCCAAACUGAAUCAUGUGAUGUUUGACUAUCGGGCCAUUAACCCUCUCAUGGUGCCAACAACUCUCUUGUAUAGGUGGGUUAUUGGGAAUAUUAGAAUUGAUCUCAUAUUGCUAUUUUGAAAUACCUCUCUAGUCUGAGUGAAGUGCCACGCAUACAGACAGUCUAAAUGAAUAUGCCAGUUUCACGUACAUGACACAAUGGACUUGCCGAAAUCUUUUCUCAAACAAAAUUUCGAGGGGUAAAGUGCACUCUUUACAACCCUCAGUUUCACCAGGGACAAAAGAUUAGCUUGUCUGUUGUUACCUGUAAUCUAUUCCUCAUGCAAUACAGUCAUAUCAACUGGGGUCUGUGUUACCAUUGACAGUAUUACUUUGAGGUGUUGCAUCAUAAUGUAUCUUGGGGCCAAUUCGAUUCUCGAAUCAAGAUGGCACCGAUGUGCCAUUGGGAACAAUUCCGUUGUCAGGUUUAAUGUAUAUUGAUGAUGUGACAGGGUUGUGUCAGAUGGCUUCAUGUCUGAAUGUUUGAGUUGCAUUUUGAUGUCUGGUCUUGCAUAAAUCAUAGGCAGUAUUGUUAAUUGUUUUCUGACAUUUUCUAGCAUACAGUACAUGUACAUGUCUUGCUUUUACUUCUAUUUUUGUCGAAACAUAUUUGUCAAACUUGUGCGUUAAUCUCAUGUCUUGGUGCAUUUAGAUUUUCGUCUUGAUUUGAUCUUUCCUCAUCAUUUUACAAAUUAUUCAAUUUGUGCAUUUCUUUAGAUAAUUUAUUAUUUGUUUGGGUGUUUCACUUUUAGUCGUGUGGUGCUUUUAGGUUUUGUGUAUCUUGUGCUUAGUUGGAACUACUUUGUUUUAUCAAUUCGGUGCAUGUGACCUCAAAGGACGAAUGUCUUGAGAUAAUGCCAGGCCAGCACUAGUACAAUCGCAGUGUUCCUGUAUGGAGGGUAGGUCUGGGAUCAAGGAUUUAUCAGAAAAUGUACACAAACAUUCUAUAUAGACAGUGUAAACUGCUAAUGAAAGCCCAUCCCUCUGACUUAUGUAUAUGCAGGGUGAAAUGGACUUAAAAAUCAUAGUUAGCUGUCUAAUAAUGAAUAUAUGUUCCGCAGUUGUUAUCAAUGGGACGCUAAGUUAUGUGUUGUCCUUGCGACAUGAAGUUUUGUAGAAAUGUUUUUAAUGUUGAGGACCACUGAAACAUGACUCAAAAGUGUGUGUUGUUCAUUUAGCAAUAAUUUUGAUGGUGUCUGUGUACAAAGUCAUAAUAGUGCUGUGUGAUGCUUUGUAUCAUAUCUAUACUGUAUCAAUGCUGUAAAGCCAGUUGAGUAAUGUCUGUUACUCAUAGGCCUAAUACAUGUAAAUAGGCCUGAGGAACAGGUGCCCCUAAACGGGCUUUAUUGCGCAGACCCAUUAUAUGUUUGAUAAUGUCACUUACACGUACAGCUUGUGUCCAGAAGUAAAGACUAACUUUUUAAACAUGAUUUCAAAGGUUGUAGAUGAUAUACUUGGGUAGUUUUUGUAACAAACAUAAAGUUAGACAUCAAACUGCAUGUUGUCUUUCUGAUUAUCUGUAAAGUAUUCAACUCAGUGCAGCCUUCAUUUUAAAGUAGGACCAAUGACUCUUUUAACGAUGCAGCACAGGAUCCUGGGCCAGUGGUAUCCAUUUUAGAUGAGUGGGGCUCUCGACUGCUGUUUUUGGUUGGUCUGUUAUUGUCUAUUCAACAACCGGUGCCCAGCGCCGAGCUGUGAAUGAACUAGAGCUAUGUCUUUGUAGGCCAUGAAAUCAGUCAAGAGACGCCACAACGUUUGAGGUGGCAGCACCUGUGCUGUCCGUCACGACAGAAAGAUGUUGACACUUUGAAAGUUGUGAUGACUCCUGACUCAUCUCACAGUAAUGGCAUUUGGCCUUAGACUCUCCAACAAGUCUGCCAAGAAGUAGUCUAAAGCAUAUCACCAUUUAUUUUUUACCUCAGGUUUUAGAGUAAAUGUGAUAAGUUGCCAUGGCAACACUUGUAUAUUAUGAAUUAAGCAACGUUUUAUCAUUAUCAUUUAUUUGUAGAACAUGACUUGUCAACUUAUUUUGAUCUUUGUGUUAUUGUGUAUUGGUGUAUACCGACUUGUGUCAACUGAAUACAUGUACUAGUCUGUAUGGACAAUUGCUGCUCCUGGCGAAUCAUGUCCAAGACCAUAAACAAGAUAGACCCCCUCCAAAAGUUUGCCCUUUCAAACUGUGUCCCAAGCCUGAGAACUCACGCACUUGAGUCUCUCCUCCAUGUACAUUAUAUAUAAGGUGUAGUAGUAAGAUGUCACUAAGUAGCAAAUCAUCCAUCAUUGUUUCAUCUUUCAGAACAAGUGACGUUAGGGUUAUACUGGAAGGAACACAAGUUGCGAUUCUGGGGAAAAGGCAUUGCCGUUGUUAUGCUGAUUGAUGUUGCAACUGAAAGUGCAGAGGAAAGUAUAGCUUUCUGCCUCUGCAUUCAUUAAACCCAUCAGGAGCUGUCCCAACUUUGUGGGUCAGACCUUGGUCUGGUUGUCACUACGUCCUUACUACAAGUGCGAGCACAUGUGUAUGCUGUAAAUAACUCCUCCAAACCCCAGGCACCUAUGACAUAAAAGUGCAUUACAGCAGCUGUUAUAAGGCUCUUGAGACCUUGGCCUGUACGUGUCGGUGUUAUCAUUGAUUAAAGGUGGCAUGUCCUUUCUUGAAGUGGAAUAUUAACAUAAACAUUACAGUGCCAGUUAGUUGUGACAGCUCCUGUCUGAUUUUACAGUAAUACCCCUUCCCUGCUCAGUUUGUGUAAAUAAAGAUUGUCAUAUCAGUUGAUUUUAAGCAAGUUUGUGAUAAAGUCUUUCACACACAGAUCCCCUAACCAUAUCAUGCAAAACAAACAUUUUUCUACUGUUUAGAGCUGACCUAGGAGAUAUGCAUAAUAUUUGUAUAAAGUCACCCAGGAUCUGUUGUCCAAAGUGUGUUUAAUGCGUGUAUAAGGUAUUUUGUACUUUAUGUAUUUAGAUACUUAUCAGACAUGGAUUACAAGUAUUCAAGAUUGGUUUGCUAGUGUAGUGGCCAUGGUCUAAUGGGCAUAAGCUGCUGAGAUCAGCCAUUUGUAAAAUCCACUCCCUAUUGUUGGAGUGUUAAGUAAUGUCCUUCCUGUUGUUAAGAUGUUCACCCGAGCCAAACCAAUUGGUGCCAAAAGGUGAUACCAGGCAUGGUGAAUCAGCUGUGCCCGUACAGCCUCUCAUUAAGAAGGAUCUGAGGUCAGUUUAAAGUGACAGUUGUGCUGUCCAUGAGUGUGAUGAACUGAUCCAUGUCACAAGUACUGUCCAUAGCCUUGAGGCGUUCACACUAAAGCUAAACCUUAUAGUGGAAACGUCCUAGUACCUUGUUAUUGCUGACUAUUGUUUUCAUGCAUUUGUUACAGCAUAAGGCCUAUAGUAGUCUUCAGUUGUUAGAUAAGUUGAUAGCUGCAAUCGUUUUACACAUUGAGAUGUUAUUUUUUAGUCACAGGUUGUACAUGCUAUUCAAGUUGAAGUUGAGAUUUUAUAGCAAAUAAAAGUCAUAGA